AUGAAACAAGCCAUCAAGACGACUUGUGGAAGAGGAAUUUCUUCCUUCAACAGAAAAAAUAGAGUCACCACAACUAUUAAUCAAAUUGCUCAAGGAAGAUUAUUUCAUAAUAGUUUUGGAGUUUUGAAAUCUAUAGUGACCAAUAACGAGAGAAGGGAAUUUAAAUUUGCUAGGAAAAGACUCAUCAUUUCUAAAAUUCAACGAUUAUUGAGUGAGGAUACUACAUCACGGAGGUGUUUAUUUCUUGUUGGACCAGAUGGAUGUGGAAAGACACAAACCAUGCUGCAAGUUAUGGAAAAGAUUGUAACACAAAAUGUUGGAGUUCCUAUUUAUUUGGAUUUUGAAACAUAUUUUCUAAAAACAAGGGAGGAAAUUAAUAAUACACAACUUCCGAUAGAUUUUGAUCAUUUUGCAGAGUAUUGUCUGGAUCAGAUUUGCAUUCAAGAAUUGAUAAAGUGUGUAAAGAGGGCAAGUAAUGAUUUUGGAGUAUCAGACCUGAUGAAAAUAUUAACAGAACGAAAUAAUAUAAAUUAUUACUUUUUAGAAAAGUUCAUCUCAACAAGAGAUGAGAUUAAAUCUAUAGUGGAAUCGAGUGUGGAAAUCAAAAAAUUAUAUGAAAAAUUGAGUAGUGAUCAUUCACAAGAGGUCAUUUUACUGUUGAUUGAGAAAAUUAGUGAAAAACUUCCCUAUUAUGAUUGUAAAAUUUCGAAUGCAGUUAGAUUUUCAAUAGAUUUAUUAGCGUUCAUAGAGUUGGGGAGUGGUAAAAAACAAAGAACUGGAAUUGAGGUACUCUCAUUCUUAUUCUCUACAUUGGAAUAUUUUGCAUACAAACCACAUUUUGGUGUCAAACCAAAACUAUUUAUUAAUGGAUUUAACCUGUUGGAUGUAUUUUCAAAAUCUGUGGCACUAUUGUCAAGAAGUGAUAUUCGUCAAUACCAAUCUGACAUUCCUGAAGAUGUAUUUUCAAGUGAUGAAAGGGGAGCCAACUUACAUGAUAUGGUUCUUUUGAGAAUUACUGCCAUGUACUUGGAUGCUUUUGUUCCAACAAUUAUUGAAGUGGCUGGUAAUUAUUAUAAUUAUCAAAUGAUACCCGAGUUGAAAAUGGACACUGAACAGGUGAAAUUCAUUGAAAUAAUUGAGGAUGAAAUGUUUGAGUCAAAGCUUCAAUAUGGUAACCUAUUUGAAGAUUGUAGUUUUGAGACUAUUCAUGACAUUGUUGGAGGAAACCCAUCCAAGAUUGGAACAUUUUAUGAAAAAUAUUUCACGCCAGAAUUAAUGAAACAUCAAUUAUCACUUGUAGAAAAUCAAUCAACAAAAAAACAAGAACUUGAUAGAAUUGCGAAUCAAUCCUUGUUGAAUUACUUGGAUGGAGAAAAAGAUCAUUACGAAAGAAAACUCCAUAUGGCUUGUCUGUUAGCAGCCAGAUAUAUUGCACUUCAGAAAGCUGAAAAGAAAAAUCUCAAAACCAUACAAGAACUCUCCAUUGAUGACUAUCAGGUUCAAUUCACCAUUCAUGAUGCUAUUGAAAAGAUAAUGAGUUUGAAAGGAAAGGCCUACCAUUUCAAUGAAGAAUUUGAUCCUUUCAUUCAAACUAUUGGAGGAUCCAUUCUCCUCAAUUCUGAACUCAUGUACUAUCAAAUUCAUGAUAAUGUAUUGAGACCAUACGAUCAAUGCUACUACUCUUAUUUUGCCAAAACUUUGGAAGAUUUGGAAUCUAGUUGGUCAUUAAUACAAUAUUGGUACUAUCGCUUGGUUUGGCAACCUUUGAAUGGUAUUAAACAUGUGGAUAGAACUCUUGGUAAGCAUGGAAAUAUUAUGGAGAGAACUGAUGAAAGUAGACAUACACCUAUAGUUCAACCAUAA